GGUGGCUGACAGCUAAUUUUGACAAAUUCUGAAUUUUUUAUUAUUUUCGUUUAUCGAUAGGUAAUAAAAUCAAUUAAAAUUAAUUAAACAAAACAUUUCUCUUUCUGCGUAAAUGUCGAAAACGUCUAUGAAACAUUACAUGUUAGUGACAAUUUAGAAAAACCCAGUAAGUGGGUGGAUUUUUAUAUUUGUGUCAUGCCUGCAAAGUUGUCUAAUUUCGCUGAUGAUGAAAAAUGAAGGGUGUUGAUAACUCCCCAGCUGAUCGUGAAGGGAUGACAAACAAACCGAUAAUAACAUGUGCAGGAGACUGGAAUUUAUUUUGCACAUUAGAGGCGCCCCUGGUGGCUGCUAUCCCUCAGGAUUCCUGUGAAUGGAGGCGUUCAUAUGGACGCCCUCCUAAAUCUGUUUACUUGGAAGCAUCUUUUAUAAAAUACAACAAGGAUAAAGUAGCAGCGGAGCAGAAUUUGUUGAAGCGUCCUAUCUUCCAUAUUUACUGGACAGACUGUGUGGACAUAGAAUACUACAAAACUACCCUCCGAGAAGAUGUAGAAACAUGGCUGAAGCAACUGGAAAAGAAUGGCAUCACCGAUUGGAUGAUAGUUUUAGUUGAAACUUACGACAUUCGCAAAACAAACAAGCUCCUUCCAAGAACAACGGUCUUGGACAAAAUAAAAGGAGAUUUUGCUGUCAAACAGACUGAGGAUAGAUUUCUUUCCGUAAUCAAUCCUAUCAAGUCUGAAGCAAGGAGUGCGGAAUCAUGGCGUGCAUUGGUAGCAAAGAUCAGGCAUUUUGUACUGGUUGCGUACAACAAGGCAUUGAUAAAGUUCGAAGAGCACAUGAGAGAGCAAAGAGAGAAGCGAAAUGACCCAGAAUGGGAUUUUUGUAAAUACUUUAUUUUACAGGAACAACUAGCAUUUGUAUUAGAAAUGCUAGGUUUGUAUGAAGAAGCAUUAGUCCAGUAUGAUGAAUUAGAUGCAUUAUUUUCACAAUUUGUACUCAAUUCCAACGUGACAGAGAGCCCGAAAUGGCUCGACACGUUUAAGCAGCCAGUGACGUCAUGGCAGGCAGUGAGACUGACCGCCUUGGUGCCCCAGCAUUUAAGGGAGCUCAUAAUUAAGAAAAAGGCGUCGCUUUUAGACUUCAGAAGCUACCUCUUCCAACGUCAAAGUGCCAUGUUAUUGCUAAUGUUUAAACCUUGGGAGAUCGCUUCCCUCUGUCUGAGUACCGUCCAAAACACGCUCGUGGAGUUGUCUCUACUGAGUGUAAGCGUCGUAGAGGGCGCUGCUGCUUGCUGGGCCCAGUUGGCGUGUGCGGAGACCCUUAGGGCCUGUGAGAGGCUCGCAGCGUCGAAUAAUGCUUUGGAGAUGUGUACCGCCACUCAGGCGCCGUUACUACAUAAUGCUAAAGACAAGCUCCACGAGUUAGGAAAACUCUGCGGACUCCUCCCAGGCUCUCCCGAUCCCACAUCAGAACAGCUCCAUCUAGUGGUAAUGCUGUCAGCCGGCAUGGGCGACAGCGAACCCAACAACCAGCAGCCCACACCUACUGACAGGCUGAAGGAAGCGCUUCUCAGCAAGACUAGCUUCCAGCAGUAUUAUCUGGAGUUGGCUGAGUUAGCUAUGGGGACGUACAAGCAUAUUGGGAGGUUAAGACUGAAGGAAGCGCUGCUCAUCAAGAUUAGCUUCCAGCAGUACUAUCUGGAGUUAGCUGAACUGGCCGUGGGAACGUACAAGCGUAUUGGGAGAUUAAGGUAUGUAAGUCUACUUCAGAGCAAGUUUAGAAGUGACCGGCUGAAGGAAGCGCUGCUCAGCAAGACUAGCUUCCAGCAGUAUUAUCUGGAGUUGGCUGAGCUGGCCAUGGGGACGUACAAGCAUAUUGGGAGGUUAAGAUUCGCCCGUCUCAUAGGCCGGGACCUCGCAGCGUUCUAUUCCGAACUAGGCGAGACAAGCAAAGCGGUGGUAUUCCUCAUGGAUGCUCUCCGCUCGUACGAGGAGCAAGGCUGGAAGGACCUGGCAGCCCAGACGAGGCUCGAGCUGGUAGCAGCCGCUAAGAAGAUGAACGAUGUAGAUAGAUAUACAAAGCUCUCUGCAACAAUAGCGUGUACAGCCGAAUUAGAGAUUCUAGUCAGAAACUUCUACUUCGAAGAGAUGAUGAACUCUAUAAGAGUGGACCUCAACGAAAGGACCGAAUCUGUCCUAACAGAGCUCAAUGACUGCUUCAAGAUAAUCUCAGCAACCCUCGUGCCGUCCGAUCGUGGUGUUUAUAUCACUGAGAACAAGGUGCAAUGUUGCUUGCUCGUCGAGUCGCAUUUCUCGAAAGAUGUCAACUGCACUCGAGCGGCGAUCAGCAUAGAAUCUUGUAAGGAGGAGAAGCAAGACAAAAAGACGCCGGUCAAAAGCUAUAAGACUGAUUUAAAUGUUAACGGUAGUGUAAGUACUCAGACUAACCUGCAGCGGAAGACGUCAGACGUGUCGACCGACAGUGACGUGUGCAACCUAAUAAGCAGCAUAAGACUGGACGAUUUAAAACCUAAGAAUCCUUUGCUAAACCCUUUACAAAUUACUUCUAAACUACUCUACAAGGAGGACAAGACUCUACAGAAAGCCACCAUCGAGUGUCAGAACCCAAAAGUGACACUAAAACGUUCUGACAGUAGUAAAUAUAGGAAACCUUCAGCCACAACGAGAAACAACUUCUUAACAUCGCUAGCGCUAGAAAAUGUUGUUCUAAAACCUGGUUUGAACGAGUUAAAACUGGAGUAUACUGCAAAUCAAUGUGGUACAUUUAAACUGGGACAAGUGUCGCUACUGGUUGAGGGAAAAUUGGAGUUUCUGUCAAAUGUUUUGAAUAGUACCAAGGUUGGGUUCGAUGUGGUGACCCAAGGUGUGAAUGUGUACUUGAACAAAAUAGAGCCGAAGAAGGAUUUAGUGGCGGGUCUAGAACAUUCUAUGGAACUAGUCAUUACUAGUGGCAGUGCGCAGUUGAAAGAGAACACCUCAAUCCUCCUCAAGACAUCAGCAGGCCUGCUCAUCCGGUUCGCUGAUGACGACACAGCGAUGACGCGAGAGCUGUCGAUACCAGUGCCGCCUAGCAAACCGUUUGAAACCACCAAAGUGCCGCUCAGACUGUUUGCUAGCUUGCAACCGAAGAGGGAGAAGAGUAUUGAACAUACUGUAUGGCUCAACUGUCCAUGGUGGGAGAACGCGACAGAAGUGCCACUCCACUUCUCACCCCCCAUGGUGGCGUCAUGGCGUCUGCUGACGUCAAACACCAGGAAGUUCAUACACGUCACGCUGAAAUCCGCUGUGGCGCACUUCAUACAGUUUGUGUUGACCGAGCCGAAGCUGGAGUGUGAUGGGAAUAAUACCGUGUCAGAUUUGAACCCGAAGAAUGUUAGUGAAAUGAUGGUAGCAUCAGACGGAACCACAGCUUCCUUUAUGUGGGAGCUCCUUAAAGACCCUUUAGUCAAGGCUGGGCCCAUGAAGGCCACAUUCAGCGUGCUAUACAGAUUGGUAGACCUGGACGAACCUCCCAGAACGUUCUCCUGCCCGUUUGAUAUCCAGGACUAUACGACUCUCUUCGUGAUCAGGACUAAGUUGGAACCUAGUAAGGGAUCGGACUUUUGUAGGGCUUCGCAAGUGUGCUGUUUGCAGCUGAGUGUACAGAGGGUAAACGAAACAGAAUACACAUCGCUUAUGUACGAAGUGUUAGCAGACCAGACGAUGUGGGCUGUUUUGGGGCGGACUGCAGGUGUAAUAACAAUGGAGUCAAACUGCACGGAGGCUCAGAGCGUGACGCUAGAUGUAAUGCCACUGGUAGCAGGCUACCUACCGCUGCCCACCGUGCGAUUGUCCAAAUACAUCGCGGCCAAUACCAAAGAUCCAAAGAAAGACAUCUCCGCGCAUCCACGUCUAGAGCCGUUCAGUCCCGGACAAGUCUAUCACGCGGGCAAGGCGAAACAAGUCCACGUGUUAGCGCCCAUGCCUAAGGAACACCUGGACCCUAACAUGAUGUAACACUCGACGAGAUAGCUAGGUAUCCACCUGGACCAUAUGUGGAUGUAACACCCGACGGGAUAGCUAGGUAUCCACCUGGAGCCAACGUGAACACCCGACGGGAUGACGAGGUAUCCAGAUGGACUCUAACUGAUGUAACACCCGACGAUAUGGCUAAGUAUAGCUGGAUUGUAAUAGGAUAUAACACCUGACGGGAUAGCCAGUUGUCCAGUGGGUCUAGACAAAGUGCAAAUUAUAAUCGCAAACCAGUCGAAAAGUGGUCGAAAAGCCCCUUUUUUGUAUGGAGUUUUGACGGAUUCGAUUUUCGAUUCGAUCAAAAAGUGCGUUUUGUCUAAGGGGGCAGGGAUUAUGUAGCCAUAGCAGCUAGGUGACGGGUCUUAACCAUCUAAUAGGUAUAAUAAUAUGCUGAAAAUUUUCAUCUUUCUGACAGCGAGAAUCAUAGACAAAUCUUAAAUAUUUAAAGUGCACUAUUCCAAACAUGCAAGAAGUAAAAAAUAAAUAAAAAAAAGUUUUGAUGACUCGGCCCCUAGUUGCCAUCGGUCAAAGUUAACUAUACUAUACUGUCUAUAGAAAAGUUACGAUUGAAACGAUCGAGAGAAGCGAAAACGAAUCGAAAGCUAUGAUAUUAUUAGAUAGUGACGAUAAAAAAUAUCUUCAAAAAGAUGUGGGAAUUUGGGCAGUCUGUUCAUUUGUAUAGAAUUGUAUGUUUUUAAUAUACAAAGGUAGUGUAGGUUACAGUAAUGUAGGUUCAAGAGAAAUAUAAAAUGGGCAAUUGGAUCGAAAUAAUGGGUGCAAUGAUUGAGUUAAAGGGUUUUCUUAAAACGAGUUAACGAUUUGUUUUAGUGAUUCAAUUUUAAACCGAGCUUGGCAUAAAUAAGAAAAUAUAAUAAUAACUUAAAGUUAGUAUAGCAAAUACUGGUGCGACUCGCUAUGCUUCUUUUAUCCUAUCCUAAUAGUGAAAAAGCUUAUACGUUUUUAAACGCCUGCUUUGCUUACAAAUCUCUUACAGAAAUGUAUAAUCCCUAGUGCCAUCAAAUAAUCUUAAUCAUAGCUUUAAAAUGUAGACUUCAAUUUAACCCUACAAAAAACCUUAAAACUUUUUAGAAAAACUUUCAAAAACCGUUUUAAUGAAUGUAACAAAAAAUUACAUCUAUGUGCUCGUACCGUUUGAAAGUUUUUGUAUUGGCUAGGUAAAAUAAAAGCUAAAGAAGUGUAAUAUUGUGUAUUUGCAUUACCACAUGGCUAGCGCGGCACUUUGCGACAUGUUCGCAAUAUUAAAGAAAAAUGAGCGGACAACGAAAGUUACGCGGUAUGGAAACUCCUACAAAUGUUAAUAAAAAAAAUUCUUUGAAACAUAAUAUUCAAAUUGUCUUAUACAAGCUCAAAACAUUCAGUCCAGCUAAUUUAAGUAGUAAUUGGAUGUGGUAGUGUAGAAGUAGCUUAAUUGUUAAAUUAAUUAAAAAUUAACAGUUGCUCUGCCCAAUAAUACUACAAGUGUGAAAACAUUAUUAAGGAAAAAUAGUUUACAUUUUAGAAUAACGUGUAACUGGAAAAGUGAAACUUAUUCUGAUCGAAACGGAGUUGUAACUUGAACUUUGUAUUGUAAACCUUUUUAAUUAAUUUCUUAAUAUCGACAGAUAAACAUAAAAAAAUAAUGUAGGGUUUAUUUGUAAUCACCAUCCCAGUGAUAUGUUCAGAAAUGAAAAUCUGUUGGACCACCAUACAUUGUGAUAAGUAUAUUCCUUGUAAGGUUAUAUGAGUAUGUAUAAUGCGUAUUAAAAUGCUCUAAUUGUAUGUAGUCCUAAAUUUACUUAUUCUAAUUUAAUUCGAAAGAAUGCUGAAAUUUGUACAUGUAAACAGGUUUUUAUUACCGAAUAUUUCUGAAUUAUUUCUGGGCUAGAUAUGAAAACAUAGUUGUCUACUUUAAUUUAUAGGAAACUAGCUGACCCGGCGAACUUCGUACCGCCUUAGCGUAGAGAUUUUCUUUAUAUUUUUUUCCGUAAAAACCUUGUACAGAGUAUUAGAAAACUACAAAAAAAAAAUCAGCCAAAUCGGUCAAGCCGUUUUCAUGUUAUGUCGUGACAACGGAAAACGGGUUUCAUUUUUAUAUAUAUAGAUAAUAAAUAUAAUGCGACAUUUAUGUGCUUGCCAAAUGUAUCCAUGGACAGCCAUAGACCACAAAGAGUUUGUGAACCAGAGACUAACAAGGGAAGCCACGCCCACUUCUCUAUAAUUCGAUGUUUUAUCUGUGGAAUGCCAAUGGAUACGUAUGGUCAGCACUUUUUAAUGAACUUUUUAAUAUUGUGACAAAGUAAUAUUGGUGUUAAUAGAAAAUGAGCUUUGUCGUCUUGCAUAAGAGUCGAUAUUAGAAUUUUUACUUAGUUAUGUGCUAGAAAAAAAGCUUAGAUCGUACGGUUCGGGUAUUUACAUUAGUAAUGAAAUGAUACAGGCACACAGCGGCAUGGCGCUAACGUUUCUAGCGAGGGGUAGGAAUAAUGAAGCUUUUGCCGUUGUGUAUUCAAUUUUUUACUGUGUAGAAGUAAUUUCAGAAACCACAUUUUAUAAUCUUAGCUUUUAGAUCACUCAUUUAGCGAACGACGAUCCCCUAUUGUAAAGAGAUGAGAUGACUUUUAGGAAUUCGCAAUUUAGCCCAGUGCCGGACUAAGGGACGCGGUCUUUUGUUUUAAACCCUAAAAAUGCUAGUGCACCUGCAACGAUCGGCUUCUGCAUAAAUACAAGCACUCAAAUAAGCCCCAAUCUUCAAAUGCCAUAAUGUUUCGACGCCACAACGAUUUUAUUUUGGCUAGUCUCUUUCUCGUCUUCUCUUAUAGUAACGUUUCUUAAGUUGUACAUAAUAAAAUUUGGUGCUAGGAUUACAAAGUGUCACACCAAAUUGUUUUAUAAAACUAUAGCAACAUGGUUUAAUUUAGGUUAUUUAGGUUUAUGUGUUUUUGUAUAUCUUGUUAUAGUUAGUUGUACAAGUUAAACUUUCGUAUAAUUGCAAUUUUCAAUUUAAAUAUUACUUGCUGGUGAAUGCCGAAAAAUAUUGUAUAAGGUAUAUAAUAUAACGACUUCACUGGAUGUUGUUUGUUUCUAUUGUUAUGUAUUUAAUCAAUGUGUUUAAAAAUAAACGUAUGUGUUAUUCAGCUGAGAUGAUGAAAAAAACGUCAUAAUAGUUUUAAUAAUGAUAUCUGCAUGUAAUUUUCAUCACAUACAACUUUGAAACUACUAUCAGUGUCAUACAAUGUAUCAUCAAUGAUCCUUAAUUUUAUUUUAGUUGACGAAAACUUGGUGUUUAAAUACUAACAUAGUCAACUACAUUGAAGUAAACUAUUUUUUUUUUAAAUAGUUGUUUAACAGUUGUGGACCUGAUAAUGAAAAAGCCUUUUUGUAAUAAAUUAAAUCUGUUCUUUAUCCCAAAGAUAUACACAAUGCUUUAAUAUUAAAAUUGUCAUCGAGUAUAUAGAAUUCUUGAGCAAACAUUUUCAUAAUGCAUUUAAUUUGGCUGUAAGAAAUUCAUUUUUCAAAAUUGUGUGCUUUAUUUUUAAAUUAUUAUUUUAGUUGUAGGUGUUUAAAGGAAUGAUAUACUCAAUUUUCGUGUAAUUGUUGCAAUAUUACUAACGUUAGAGGCUUAAGUUUAUUCGUUCCAACUAACGGAAAAUAUUAACUUUGAUGGAGAAGUUUCUGUAUAUUUUAGCUAUAUUUCUUAUGAUGAGACUAUUUAUGACUAUGUUUAUUCUCACGGUUGAUUUAAGAGAUACGAACGAAAUUAUAAUUUUAUGAUUGAUCAAUCGCCUUUAAAAAUUAUAAACCUAUCUUGUAACAACGAUUUACACAUCUUUCACCCAAUGGCAUCCUGUUUUUUUUUCGUUAGUAACUAAAACGUUAAAUACUUCGCUUAUGAAAGUCUGAGCAUAAAUUAUUACAAACACACCUACAAAAUGGAUGUAAAUAUUUAUUAAAGUCUACUGUAUAACUGAAGAUUGUAUUUAUGUUUCAUACUAUGUAUAAUACUUAGAAUUAUCAAUAUAAUGUUUAU